UACGUGGAGCUGAACGAGCUGAUGAAGGACCAGCAGGAGACCUACUGGCAGGAGACGGGCCGAUGGGCCGGAUACGAGGAGAGCUACGACCCCCAGGCCGGGGUGUGGGGGUCCUCACACAUCUCCUGCCUCACCUUCAAGAGUCUCAUCCAGCUCCGACGCAGCAUGAACACAGGUGUGACGCUUUUCGACUGUGAAGAGAAGACUCUGGCCACCAUUGCAGAAAAGAUGGUCGGCGAGAUGGUUAAUAAGAAGGAGAUCAGGCCAGGAGACCGGGAAGAAGUGCUUAAAGCUCUGCUCCAAAACCGCAGCCAAUCAUCAGAUCCAGAGAGCCAAACUCUGACUGACAAGGCGGACCUACACAAGUUUUCAGUCAAAGAAAGAAGAGAUGAAUCUAGCUGUGUUGAGGCCUCCAUGGUACUAGUAGGAGCCUUGGACUUUCUGGAGAGGGCCACGGUUGUUUUUGUGCGUCUGAAGGAAGCAGCGGUGUUCGACUCAGCCCUAGAGGCCCCGGUGCCUGUACGCUUCGUCUUUGUUCUGGUUGGACCGAACAAGGCUGACAUAGACUACCACGAGACUGGCCGUGCCAUGGCAGCACUGUUGGCUGAUAAAGUGUUCAAUCAGGCAGCUCUUCAGGCAAAGAGCGCUCGAGAGCUGACGGACGCUGUGGGUGAUUUCAUGGACUGCAGCAUCGUCAUCCCGCCUACAGAGAUCCAGAAUGAAGCCAUGCUCAGCUCCAUCAUCAGCUUUCAGAAGAAGUUACUGGCCGACAGAUUCCAGUCCUCGGACAGCACGGUCCAGCUGGACUCCAAACCUCGCAGGGUGUCCAUCUCUAGCGGGCCUCCUCCUGAAGAUCCUCUUGCUCGUACUGGUCGACCUUUCGGUGGGAUGAUGAAAGAUAUAAGGAGACGCUAUCAACACUACAAGAGCGACAUCACUGAUGCCCUCAAUGCCCAGGUCCUCGCUGCUAUCAUCUUCAUCUACUUUGCUGCCCUGUCUCCUGCCAUCACCUUUGGAGGACUGCUGGCUGAUAAGGUGGAGGACAUGAUGGGUGUUCCAGAGCUGCUCAUUUCAACCAGCAUCCAGGGCAUCAUCUUCUGCUUCGUUGCUGCUCAGCCCGUCCUGGUCAUCGGUUUCUCUGGUCCUCUGCUAGUGUUCGAGGAAGCCUUCUUUGCAUUCUGCAAGUCCCAGGAAAUUGAGUACAUUGUGGGCAGAGUGUGGGUGGGAGUGUGGCUUGUCAUCAUUGUGGUGAUCAUUGUGGCCUGUGAGGGCAGCUUCCUGGUGCGCUUCAUCUCACGCUUCACCCAGGAGAUCUUCUCCAUUCUCAUCUCCCUCAUCUUCAUCUAUGAAACUUUUGCCAAGCUGGGGAGGACCUUCAAGUCACAUCCGCUGAUUCUAAACUACGAUCACCUGAAUGCAAGUUUGGAAAAUCCCUGGCAAUCAAAGGUGGAAGAGACCGUCAUCUACGACAACGUCACCGGCAACACAACUGUUAUUAUCAGCACUAUUAAGUCGCCUUACCCCAACACAGCGCUGCUCUCCAUGUGCCUCAUGUUAGGCUGCUUCUUUAUUGCUUACUUCCUGCGUCAGUUCAAGAACGGGAUGUUUCUUCCUGGAAAGGUCAGGCGUUUGCUUGGUGACUUCGGUGUGCCCAUCGCCAUUUUCCUCAUGAUUGUGGUGGACUACAACAUUAAUGAUACCUACACUCAGAAACUGGUCGUUCCCAAAGGUCUGAUGGUGUCCAACCCAGCCAAAAGAGGCUGGCUCAUCAACCCCUUUGGAGAGCACAAGACUUUCCCUGUGUGGGUGAUGUUUGCAUGCUGCGUCCCAGCCCUGCUCGUCUUCAUCCUCAUCUUUCUGGAAUCUCAGAUCACAACCCUGAUUGUGAGUAAGCCCGAGAGGAAGAUGGUCAAAGGCUCCGGGUUCCACUUUGACUUGCUGGUUUUAGUUGGCAUGGGAGGGCUGAGCGCAAUAUUUGGAGUGCCGUGGCUCAGUGCUGCCACUGUGCGAUCUGUCACUCAUGCCAACGCCCUCACUGUCAUGAGCAAAGGGCCGAAACCUGUGAUCGAGAAAGUGCUGGAGCAGAGGAUCAGCGGCGUUGUGGUGGCCUUGCUUGUUGGUCUGUCAAUUCUUAUGGAGCCGAUCCUAAAGAUGAUUCCCAUGUCAGCCUUGUUUGGGAUCUUCCUCUACAUGGGAGUCACGUCACUGAAUGGCAUCCAGCUGUGGGAUCGUAUGCUGCUUCUUCUCAUCCCGAAGAAAUACCACCCAGAUGAACCCUAUGCCACCAGAGUGAGCACAGGGCGAAUGCAUCUGUUCACGGCCAUCCAGAUAGUGUGUCUUGCACUUUUGUGGAUUGUGAAGUCCAGUCCGGUAUCACUCGCACUUCCCUUCAUUCUCAUCCUCACCAUCCCUCUGCGCAUGUGUAUGACCGGACGUCUCUUCACUGAACUGGAAAUGAAAUGUUUGGAUGCUGACGAUGCCAAAGUGACCUUUGAGGAGGAGCCUGGGCAGGACGUAUACUGUGAAUCUCAGAUGCCAUUGUAGACGUUUUCCAUGACAGCUGCCUUUUUUUAUUUCGACAAAAAGAUAUUUAUUUAAUAUGCAGCUCAAAUGUUUAAUUUGUCUACGAGCUUAAACGAUCUGAAGUGUUUUUUGAGAUACAGAUGCCGAUACAGAUUCUAUAUCUCUCUAAUGUCAACAUUAAUAUCUUGUAAAAUACUGUCUUUGUCAAACAUUCCUGAAGAAUUUUCCACUGUCACUCAGGUAAAUUCUUUGCAUUGCUGAAGCUGGAAAUAUUCUCAUUUUUAUAUUUUUACGAGGAAGUCAUAAAAAAAUGCAAAUGCUUUUUAAAGUAUGUAAAAUAGGUGCUCACAUCUGAAAUAAAAAAAAAUCAAUCAUGCCAGUUCUCCAGAACUGGAAAGCUUGAAUGGGGGGUGAAAAACAACAGCAAUAAAAGCAUUAACUGUAUGUUUUUCCAAGCAACCGCACACUGAAUGUAAUGUUGUAAUAAGUUAUUGUUGCUUGAUGGGAACAAAAGCUGGACUCUGAAGGAAUAUGAUGUGAUUUGUGAGGUAUUGAUGCAAUCCAAAGUGGAAGUGAUUUAGCAAGAAUGAUCAAAAUGGUAACACUGGAGACCAAAACGACAACACCACUGUGUGGAAAUGAAGGUAGAGACAAAAUGUGAUUUGUUGUUAAGAAUCAUGUUGUGUGUUGUGUGGCUGUCUUUUUGUCAUCUCUCUCUAUAAAACAAAAAUUACCUUCAAUAAGACUCAUUACAGUAAUUUCACUGGGUGUUAUUAGCUUUUGGUGGGAAUAAGGAAAAUAAACU